AAAAUACUACUCUCUCUCUCUCUAGAAAUCGAAGCUUGUAAAAGAGGAGCAAGGACAAAGCUAGUGCUUAAGCGCAACUUGGUAGAAGAAGCAAGCAAUGGAGCUAGCAUUGGUUAUCCUGGUCUUCUACACCCUAUGCUUUGCCAUAACCCCAACUCUUGCAAGUUCCAUGUCGAAGCCCGGUUGUCCAGAAAUGUGUGGAAAUGUCACCAUUCCAUAUCCUUUUGGAAUUGGUUCCAAGUGCAGUGCAAACUCCUCAUUCACAGUCAUUUGCAAAAAUUCGACACGGAACUCCUCAAGAACGGUGCCAUACUUGAGCAGCAUAAACUUGGAAGUAGUGGAUGUUUAUAUCUACGGUGUGGUUAUAGUGAAUCUGCCCGUGUCGCCUAUAAACUGCUCUGAAGGAAGGCAAACAAGAGAAUCUCUACCAAUAUCACUCCCUGGAAGUCCGUUCACACUCUCAGCUUACUACAACAUAUUUGUCGUACUAGGCUGCAAGACUGCAGUGUGGUUUCACAGUAAUGGAACACGAGUUGGAGGAUGCUUGGCUAUGUGUGAUGAUGCUAAUGCUACAGACGUGGCCAGCUGCAACGGCAUAAAUUGCUGCCAAACAUCAAUUCCAAGACGAGUCCAAGAGUUUGAGUUUACUUACCAAAGUAUUCAAGCCAGCAAUAGCAGUUUCUGUGGGUAUGUUUUUCCUGUUGACAAGAAAUGGUUGCAAAAUGAGGAUUACAAAAGGUAUAAAGGGCUUGUGGAUGAUCUGUCGAAUCCAUUUGAUCAUGAGUUUGGAUUUGUGCCGUUGGUACUUGAGUGGGAAUUUGGUAAUCAGAAUGGUGUUUGCUUAUCUCCUUCUGAUUUAUGCUCAUCUCCUUCUUAUUUUAUCUAUGGAAGAAGUUGGAGUCCAUACUACUAUUCAGACCACAGUUCAUAUUACAGUCCUAAUUUCAAAUUAGUGUUCGAUCAUUAUAAGAAUGAGAUCAGAUCUUUCUUAUAUUAUCAGGAAUUAGAGUACGCAUCUUCAAUAAAAUACUGCACAUGUGGAGGACAAGGAGGAAAUCCAUAUAUUGUUGAUGGAUGCGGAAAUCCAUAUAUUGAUGAUGGAAGACAUGAAGGAAAUCCAUCCUCCCCAAAUAAAAUCUCUAACCACUCUCAACUCAUCAUUAAAAUAGCCUCCAUUGUUAUCGGCAGCAUGGUUGGUGUGCUGAUUUUGGUCACUGCAACUUGGAAAUAUGGCAAAGCUAUUUCUGAGACUGUUAAGGCUAAUGAGGCUAGCCGAAACCACAUGUUUUUUAAGAGAAAUGGAGGCAUUUUGCUGGAGCAACAAUUGGCUGCUGUUGAGAAUGACAUUGAGAAAACCAGAUUGUUUACUUCCGUUGAGUUGGCAAAGGCUACUGAUGACUACAACGAGAAUCGAGUACUUGGCCGUGGUGGUGAAGGUGUUGUGUAUAAAGGGAUGUUGGAGGAUGGAAGAAUCGUAGCAGUGAAGAAGUCAGAUAGGGUGAACCAAGGUGAUGUAGUAGACUUCAUUAAUGAGGUAGUUAUUGUAUCACAGAUAAACCAUAGGAAUGUGGUCAAGCUGUUGGGAUGUUGUCUGGAAAGUGAAGUUCCUCGUCUUGUCUACGAGUUCAUCCCCAAUGGCACUCUAUUCUCUCACAUCCAUCAUCCGCACGAGGAUUUCCCCUUAUUCUGGAAAAUGCGGGUGGGAAUUGCCAAGCAAGUGGCUGGAGCACUCGCCUACUUGCACUCUGCUGCAUCUGUUCCUAUCUAUCACCGUGACAUCAAGUCAACCAACAUACUCUUGGAUGAGAAGUAUCGUGCCAAAAUAUCAGAUUUUGGGACGUCAAGAUCUAUUUCUCUUGAUCAAACUCACGUGACUACCCGAGUGGUAGGAACGUUUGGGUACUUGGAUCCGGAGUACUUCCAAUCGAGCCAGUUCACAGAAAAGAGCGAUGUUUACAGCUUUGGAGUGGUGCUGGUUGAGCUUCUGACAGGGGAGAAAGCUGUAUCGGCUGUUAGAGUUGAAGAAGGAAGGGGUCUGGCCAUGCAUUUCCUGCUUUCCAUGGAGCAAGAUCAGUUAUUCGACAUUGUUGAUGCAAGAGUUCUAAAUGAAGGCAAAAAGGAGGAAAUUGAGGCGAUGGCCGAAAUCGCUAAAAGAUGUCUACAUUUGAAUGGGAAGGGCAGGCCAACGAUGAAGGAAGUUGCACACCACUUGGAAGGAAUCAAAGUAGAGAUUCCUGAAAACCAGAUACAGAGUAGUGGCUGUGAUCCUAUUGAAGAUGUUGAUUCUGAAGGCUUCUCUUCCAUCUCAGAAAUCAUUGAAUGUCCGUCGUCUGAUGACUAUUCGGAUUCUGUGAGCUACAGGCAAAGAAUGAGGUUUCCCUUUAUUACAGUAUCUGUCUUUUCCUGGCUAAGCCUCACCAUAACUGCCUUAUCUUUGUCGAAGCCUGGUUGUCCCGAAAAGUGUGGGAAUGUAAUCAUCCCAUAUCCUUUUGGGGUUGGUUCCAAUUGCAGUGCAAAAUGCGUUGAUGAUACUCUCAACUGCGAAAAAUCCCAAAAAGAGUAUCCCUAUGCAAUUAUCUGCCAAAAUUCAUCCACUCCAUUCUUGAGCAUCAUCAAAAUGGAAGUGGUGAAGAUUUCGCUGUAUGGAACGUUGAUUGUAAAGCUGCCCGUGUCACCUAUGAAUUGCUCGGAUAUGCAGACAACUGUCCCUGUGCCUAUUUCACUUCGGGGCAGCCCUUUUACAAUCCCAGCACACUACAAUUCAUUUGUUGUGUUAGGCUGCGAGAAUUCAGUCUGGCUGCGUUCUGAUACGAUGCAGACAGUUGGAGGAUGCACAGCUAUCUGUGAUGCAAAUUCCACGGACACAAGCUGCAGUGGUGUUAACUGCUGCCAGACGACAAUGCCAGAACGACCACAAGAGUUUCAGUAUACUUAUCGAAGCAUUGAAGCAAGCAAUAAAAGUAGAUAUUGUGGCUAUGCUUUUCCUGCUGACAAGAAAUGGAUACAGAGUGCUUACACGUUGCAUAGUGGCCUAAAUCAAGAUCCGUUGAAUCCAUAUGAUGCGGGGUUCAGAUUUGCACAACUGGUGAUUGAUUGGGAACACGUUGGCUUUGAAGACUUCCAUGACAAUACUAUUUGCAAAGUGCUGCCUCAAGGUCGCACUGAUCAAUACAUUGAUGAUUACUAUACACCGCGUUAUGAUGCUACUGGAAACAACUAUGUAUCAUCGACUAGGUACUGCUCUUGCCGUGAUGGUUUUGAAGGGAAUCCGUAUUUAGGCCGUGAAGAAGGAUGCAUUGAUGUAAAUGAAUGCAGCAACUCAACAUUGAACAUAUGUGGUGGUAAUGGGACUUGCAUCAAUACAAUCGGAGGCUUCACUUGUCGGAAAAGAUCUGUCACCAAAAUAGUGAUUAUCAGUGUUGGCAGCGCGGCUGGAGGGCUGGCUUUGUUACUCGGGGUGUUUUUUGCCACUAGAACUAUGAGGAAAAGAAUGAAGGAUAAACACAAACUCAAGUGUUUAGCCUUACUGUUGGAACAGCAGUUGUCGUCCGUGGAUAAUGGCCUUGAGAAAACUAGGUUGUUCAGUUCGAAAGAGCUAUCAAGAGCUACUGAUUUUUAUAACGAGAAUCGGAUACUUGGCCGUGGAGGUCAAGGCACUGUCUACAAAGGAAUGCUGACUAGUGGAAGGAUUGUAGCAGUCAAGAAGUCGAAGAAGGUGGAAGAAGUAGAUCUUGAGGCCUUCAUCAACGAGGUUGUCAUUCUCUCACAGAUCAAUCACAGGAAUGUGGUCAAAUUAUUGGGAUGUUGUGUUGAGACUGAAGUUCCUCUUCUCGUCUACGAGUUCAUCCAAAAUGGUACUCUCCACCAACACAUCCAUGAUCCUAAUGAGGAAUUCCCAUUAUCAUGGGAGUUGAGAGUGAGGAUUGCAAGAGAAAUAGCUGGAGCACUUGCUUACUUGCACUCUUCUUCAUCUGCACCUAUCUAUCACCGUGAUAUCAAAUCAUCGAACAUACUUUUAGAUGACAAAUACCGCGCCAAAGUCUCGGAUUUUGGGAUAUCAAGAUCAAUUUCUGUUGAUCAAACUCACCUGACCACGCGUGUGCAAGGAACCUUUGGCUAUUUGGAUCCGGAGUAUUUCCAGUCGAGUCAGUUCACAGAAAAGAGCGAUGUCUAUAGCUUUGGUGUGGUUGUGGUUGAGCUUUUAACCGGUGAGAAAGCAGUGUCAGCAAUCAGAGCUGCAGAGGGGAGGGGUUUGGCUGCACACUUCUUGCAUUCCAUGGAGGAAAAUCAGCUGUUUAAUAUUCUCGAUGCAAGGGUGAUCAAAGAGGGCACACAGGAAGAGAUUCUUGCUAUAGCUGAACUUUCUCGAAGAUGUCUGCAUCCGAACGGUAAGAGAAGGCCAACGAUGAAGGAAGUUGCAGUCGAGUUGGAAGGCAUACGAUUGCUCGACGAAGGAAACUUUCAACAAGAAGAAGGUGAAGAACACAAUAUUGUUGAAGUUGACGAGUCUGAUGAAUUCUCCUUCACCUCGGAAAGCAGAGGUGGUGAUACACUCACUCAAUAGUUAGAAAACUCAUCUGUAUGAAUAUAACUAUAUACAUGAGUGCUAGAUUACUACCAUUUCUGUAACAGGUCAGAAUAAAAUUCAAACAAAAUUCCAUAGUUGGAUUGGGGAACCCGAAUGGACUUAUGAUAAGGGCUUGGUUGUUGUCUAUUUGAAUAGUUGUUUCUAAUUUGUAUUCGAAAAUCAUAUAUAGUGAAAAAUUAUGCCUUGAAAUUGCCUCCACUCGUAGUUUUG